CUCUCGUCACAUGAAAAUUGAAAACACUAACUUUGCAUUGCACGGCUUAAAAGUGUCCUCUUUCCUCUACGUACAUAUGUAGUUUCCUCUUUCCUGCAUCGCGGUUACGGUUACACUGAUUUUAUAAAAAUAGCUGUUGAAAUUUUAAGACUGAGAAAGGCUUUUUCUUUACUUGGGGCUGCAAAUUUCUUCUAAUGACUUAAAGUCUGGUUUACAAUGGAGGAUCGGGAGCAACUGGUACCAUCAACUUCAAAUGAAGUCGACCAAAUUGAUGCAGACGAGGCUGCUACAUCUUCGACAGAAGUCGGCAGCGUGUCUUAUUUACCCAAGCUCCGAAGGCGGACAAAUGAAAAUAUCAUGGAACAGUCCUGGUGCAGUUUGCGCCAAAGGGUCGUCGGGGCUCCACCAAGAGAUCAACUUAGCCAUGAAAUUAUUGAAAAUAUCUCAACGCAAUUUGAAAGCCUCGAUUACGACAUUUGCGAAAACAGACUGAUGCAAAAUGAGGAGAGGACCAAAGGGUACAAGUUCGUAGUCAAAAAGAGAUUCGCCCGUUGGAUCGUUUUCUUCUUCAUCGGCGUCGUAACCGCCCUGAUUGCCUGCUGCAUAGAUAUUGCCAUAGAAGAGCUGUCCCAUUAUAAAUUCUACUACAUGAAGCAUUUUGUGGACUCAUGCAUGUCAGAACGGCGCAUGUACAUCCCUUUGCUAUAUUGGGUGGCGACCAAUAUUGUUCCUGUCUUAAUUGGAACCCUCCUUGUCACCUACGUUGAGCCAGUAGCAGCAGGAAGUGGAAUUCCUCAAGUUAAAUGCUACCUGAAUGGAGUCAAAAUUGCCCGAGUUGUGAGGAUAAAAACUCUUCUUGUCAAGUCCAUCGGAGUAACGUGCUCUGUAUUAGGAGGGCUAGCUGUUGGAAAGGAAGGUCCAAUGAUUCACUCGGGAGCUGUGGUAGCUGCAGGAAUCUCCCAAGGGAAAACCACCUCCUUAGCCAAAGACUUUCAUUUUUUCAACUAUUUCCGAGAGGACCACGAAAAGAGAGAUUUUGUGUCUGGCGGAGCCGCUGCUGGCGUUGCAGCAGCUUUUGGAGCUCCGAUGGGUGGAGUUCUCUUCAGCUUGGAGGAGGGCAGCAGUUUUUGGAAUCAAAGUCUAACUUGGCGCAUAUUUUUUGCCUCCAUGAUAUCCACAUUUACGCUCAAUGUUGUCCUCAGUGCUUACCAUGGAUUUGCUGGGCAAUUGUCUUACUCAGGACUGCUUAAUUUUGGAGCGUUCCCCAACAUGUCGUACGAAAUUUUUGAGAUCCCUCUUUUUAUAUUGCUGGGAGCUCUUGGAGGUGUUCUCGGGGCUCUGUUCAAUUUUGCAAAUCUGAAGCUAACUCUAUUUAGAAUGAAGUAUAUUACAAAGAGGUGGAUGAAAGUUGUGGAGGUACUUGUUGUGGCCUCCGUCAGUGCUACUGUGGCUUACACCAUGAUCAUGCUGAUCGACGACUGCAGACCUCUGGGUCAAGACCCAACAAAAUAUCCUGUUCAGAUGUACUGUGGAGAUGGCGAGUACAGUGCUGCUGCUUCUAUUUGGUUCCAAAAUCCUGAAGCGAGUGUGCGUUCAUUAUUUCAUGAUCCACCAGGAUCACACAAUCCUCUAACAGUGGGGGUUUUCUUCCUGAUUUACUUCUCUCUGUCCUGCUGGACUUAUGGAUUGAGCGUUUCGAGUGGCCUGUUCAUUCCUUCCCUCUUGACGGGAGCAGCGUGGGGACGAUUGGCAGGAAUGUUUUUAGAAUUCCUAUUUCCCACUUCUGCAUGGGCGCAGCCUGGGAAAUAUGCGUUGAUUGGAGCUGCUUCCCAGUUAGGAGGCACAGUCAGAAUGACGAUAAGUCUCACUGUGAUUUUAAUAGAGGCAACUGCCAAUAUCACUUUUGGUUUGCCGCUAAUGAUUACUCUAAUUACUGCCAAGUGGGUUGGAGAUUUAUUCAAUGAGGGUAUUUAUGACAUUCACAUCCAUUUGUCUGGAGUGCCAAUCUUAGGAUGGGACCCUCCUCCGCUGUCCCAUAAUAUUUUUGCUAGCGAUUUUAUGAGCUACCCUGUGAUCAAGCUAAAUUGUGUUGAAUCUGUGGCAAGGAUAGUUGACAUCCUGAAGAGUGAUAAUGGAGAAAAUCAUUGUGGCUUCCCUGUUGUGACUUCCAUUUACAAUGAAGAGGAAAGUGGUCGCCCUGGCAGUAGUCUUUGCGGACUGAUUUUACGUUCUCAACUUAUUGUUUUGCUUCAAAACAAAAUAUUUAUGGAGACCAAAGAUGAAUGGAUGAACAAGUCUAUUAGCUUGAAAUUGUUCAGAGAUGCUUAUCCACGAUAUCCAAAAAUUCAGCAAAUUCAUAUUUCUGAGUUGGAGCGCACUUUUUCCAUCGACUUGAGACCAUUUAUGAAUCCAGCGCCUUAUACAGUACCUUUGGCUGCAUCUCUCCCGCGAGUGUUCAAAUUAUUCCGAGGUCUCGGCCUGCGCCACUUGCCAGUGAUGAAUGAUAAAUUUGAGGUGGUAGGAAUCGUGACUAGGAAAGACCUUGCAAAAUAUGGCUCAGGAUCCUAAAUGAGUGUCAAGCUUGAGAGUAUUGCACUUUAUCAGUGACGAAGCACUCCAUUUAAUUUUUAAUCAAUCAUGACUUCUAGUUUUAUGAAAUUUAGUUGUAUUUUAUUUGUAAUUACAAUAACUUCUUUAUUUAUGUAUGUUUCCUUAUUUAUAUUGCAAAGGAACAAAGUUGUAUUGAAAAUAAACAUUACAUAUUAAAAGUUUUGAA